AUGGGACUGGUGGGGAACAUAUCGCCGGCACUCUCGAAGCUGUCGCGCCUCAAGUCCAUCAACCUGCACCGCAACUACCUCUUCGGCUCCAUCCCCUCCGAGCUCGCAGGGCUGAAGUCCUUGCGCCAAGUGAAACUGAGUUACAACAGACUCACUGGCACAAUUCCUGCCGGCUUUGGCCGCAGCAGCCUGUCAACCCUGAUACUGUUCAACAACAACCUCACAGGGCCCAUCCCCGACACCUUCGCCAACGCCAUCCGAGUCAAGCAACUUCGACUGGGUUACAACGACAUCACGGGCCCCAUUCCCACGUACCUGGGCGACUUCACCAACCUCUCAGUCAUCUCGCUGCCAGGGAAUCAGUUCUCGGGGUCCAUCCCGUCGCAGCUGGGCCAGCUCUCCUCCACGCUGCUGGGCCUCACGCUCGAUAAGAACCCGCUCUCUGGCAGCAUUCCCGACGAGCUCUUUAACUGCAACUUGCUCCGCAACCUGACUUUGAACCAGACAGGGCUGACGGGCCCCAUUCCUCCCUCCAUCAGUGCCCUCACCGACAUCUCUAUGCUAGACCUGGGCGGCAACACCUUCACCGGCUCCAUUCCCUCCCAGCUGGGCAGCCUGAAAAAGCUGCGCCUGCUGGACCUCCACGGGAACAAUUUCACGGGCAGCUUACCGGACACGAUCGGGCAGCUGACGAACCUCACCCUGCUGGACGUGAGCUUUCUGUCGGGCGUGAAUGGCAGCGUGCCAACGACCCUGUCCGCCCUCUCUCGGCUGAAAAGAUUGGACCUGACCAACAGCAGCUUCUCGGGUGCUCUGCCUGGGGCCCUCAUUGCAUCGCUGCCUGAGAGCGCACUCUUCAACCUCUCCAACAACUUCUUCUCAGGACCCAUCCCUGACUCCCUCAUGGCCCGCAUUCGCGCCAACAGGUCACUGGCAUCAACAGUGUACGGCAACUGCCUGUCGUCCAGCCCGUCAUCCCCCGCAUACCCCAUGGACUGCGCCACCGUCUCUGACAACAUCUGCUUCCUGCACUACCAGCGCCCCGCCUACCAGUGCCUGCCAUACGAUGCCGCUCAGAGCGCGUCCUCCUCAUCCUCCCUCAGCAUCGCUCUCACCAUUGCGGUGUUCGUGCUGCUCGCCGUGGCAGUGGCAGCGGGUGCUGCAUACGCGGGGGUGAAGCGCAUGCAGCAGGGCAGGCCCAAGGCAGUGCUGCCAGCGACCAAGGUGGUGGUCAAGGCAAAGGAAUUCAAGGACGUGGAGACAGGAGAGCUCAAAGCGCCCCCGCCAGACACGUACCUGCCAGGCAUGCCGCCAGACAUUCCGCGCUUCUCGUUCACACAGCUGAACCACGCCACGGACUGCUUCACACACCUGGCCAACACCAACGACCCGCGCGCCAUCUACGACGCCACCUUCCUCCUCCCCCCCACCGCCCCCACCACCACCACCGCUCCUGCACCUCCUGCCGCUGUUACCUCGCCCACACCAGCUGCCGCUGCGGCUGAGGCAGCGCCCAAGGUGGUGGGAGGGGGCGGGCAGGAGCAUCUGUCGGUGCAGCUGGUGAGCUUCCCCGGGGUGUACCUGGACGCGAUGAAGGAGGAGUUUGUGGCAAGGGUCAAGCGCAUCCAUGCUGCCCGCCACCCCUGCCUCUUUGCCUUCCGGGGGUAUGCCUACGAGGACGGCAACUUUGCUCUUGUCUUUGAGCCUACAAGGGAGACCCUCUUCGACCGCCUCCACGGUACGCUGCCUGUCACCCUCUCCCUUACCACGGUAUGCCUGCCGUCCCUCACCUCUGUGCCUCACAGUAUAUGUCACCUACUGGUAAGGCAUCCUCUCUCCUCCUCCCCCCAACCUGCAGAGGCCAGUGGAGCGCCGCUGUCAUGGCGGGAGCGCAUGGUGAUCGCCCUGGGGGUGGCAGAGGCCCUCGAAUACCUCCACACCUCCGCCUCCACCCUCACCCACACCCCUCCCAAGGGCCCCUCCACCCCUCCCCACGCCGCCUCCGCCUCCCCCAACUCCACCACACCCCUCAACGACCCACACACGCCCGUCCUCUCGGCCCACGAGGGCAGCACGAGCCUGAGCGUGGGGGCCGGCACUCCCCUGGGGUCCACACGGGGAGGAGGCGAGCAGGCGUGGCGAGGCGGCAUGGUGCAUGGGGAUGUGAAGUCGUGCAACGUGGUGAUCACGGCUCACAGCAAGGGGAAACUCGCCGAGUUCCAAGUCCCCUGUGACGACGCUGACGACCCGCUCCGCUCCAUCUCUCCCCGGGGCUCCUUUGGGUACCUAGACCCUCAGUAUGCGGACACGAAGCGGCUCACUGCAGCGAGCGACGUGUACUCGUUUGGGAUUUUGCUGUUUGAGUUGUUGUCCGGGCGGCGGGCCAUGCUGGAUGACUCGAGCACGCUGAUCGUGUGGGUGCAGCAGUUCUUCAUGCGCCGUGACGACUAUGCUGGCCUGCUGGACGGCGCUCUGGUUACUCUGGGCGGCGUGCCGCCCAGCCAGCUCGUGCCCGUGAUUGAGCUCGCACAGGACUGCACGCAGGUGAGGGAAGAGAGCCGGCCGUCCAUCCAGCAGGUGCGCGAGGUGCUCAUGUCAGCAGUGGGCGUGGAGGGUGGGGAGGUGUAUGAGAGUGGUAGCGUGGUGGGGUAUGGCGAUGGGGAGAGUGACACCACCAUGAGCCACCUAGAUGAGGGGCUGGUGACCAGGCGUGCAGCAGACCACGCUGCUCUAGAGUCCGCUGCUGCGGCUGUGCUCGCUGCUGUGGCUGCUGGCGGGGCGGCAAGGCAGACGCUAGAGGUGUAUGAUGGGAGGGUGCAUGGGCAGGAUGGGUUGAGGCAGCAGGGAGGGGAGGCGGGAGCGGGGAGGUCCGGUGGGGAGAUUGAGAUUGAGAUGAUGAGUGAGGGGAGUGAGGAGGGGCAGGCGGUAUAA